AUAUCUGUCAAAUCGCACCUUCGUCGUCUCGAUUGCAUUGAAACUUGAACACUUUCUGUUUUGGCAACUAAAAUUAUCAUAAUAGAUUUACAAGAUUUAGCAUGUCUAGUACAUCGCAGAAACACAGGAAUUUCGUAGCCGAACCUAUGGGAGACAAACCUGUUACUGAUUUGGCUGGCGUUGGCGAUGUUCUCGGAAAGCGACUGGAUGCAGCUGGGUUCGACAAGGCUCAAACAGUACUUGGUCAAUAUCUAGUUUUAAAAAAAGAUGCAGAACUCUUUAAAGAUUGGAUGAAAGACACUUGCCAAGCAAAUUCUAAACAAGCAGCAGACUGUUAUCAAUGUUUAAACGAUUGGUGCGAAGAAUUUUUGUAAACAACUAAGUGCUUGCCAUGCUUAUUGCUUCUAGUUUUUUUUUUUCUUUAAUUUGUUGGAUUAUACAUAGGCUGUUAACUGACUGAAUAUUUUGUGCUCGCAGUAUUGUGUUAUAAGCGAGAGAUUUUUAUUCUAAGAAAGUAGGAUGCGUCAUAACAAAUAAAUAUGCAUAUAUUUAAAUAAAUUGUUUAAUUUUUUUUGCAUAUCUCGUAGCAGAUAUGUUCCUGGUUAUUUAUUGCACGAACACGACAACGUAAACAUUUCGGCAUUAACUUCG